AUGCCGGCAGAAACGCUAUGUACGGACGUUGCAGCUGGGUAUUACAAAAGCGACGUGAAAUCAGAAGACGGAAGCUCGGAAACUUCUCUCCGGGACGAUUUUAGGUCGCCGGAGCUGUUUCACAGAGAGGAAAGAGGGUUUGGAAGAGGAGAUGAGCUGAGAGCGAACAUGAAAGGGGGUUUUGAGGUUUUGCAUAAAAGCUGGAAAAGAGUUAUGCAUUCGAUUUCGAAGAUUCUGCGAAGGAGUCGAAGAAUUAAUCUUGCGCCUUCUUCAUUUGGUGCGGUGAGUAAACUAGAAAUACCAAUUGGUGAUUUCAAAGAAAGCGUAUUGGGAUCAUCUGGAUUGAUUUACAGUGAAUCCCAAGGUUUAAUUAGACGCUAUUCCGCGAGAGAUGUGUUUUCGCUUUCGCGCUUCAUUUGCGUCAACCAGCUUUCUUCUACAGCUGAUUCAAAUGACAAGGAGGAGGAGUUAUCUGAAGCAGAUGAGUCGUUUCCUGUUUCUGGAGAUGUACGUGAAGAUGAUUCUUUACUCGAGCCUGAGCUAGGUAGUGGUGACAUAGAUGCUUCUGAUGAUGAUCUUGAGAUCCAAGCAGAGCGUUUAAACAAGGGGAAAACAAGAAAGAAAAGGGCUCACUCUCAGUCUCAGCUCUAUGAAUCCAUUAUUACCUAUAAAUCUGUGAAACACGUUCUUGAAUUGUGGGUCAAACAAGGAAAAGAUUUGAGUCAAGCAGAGGUUUCUCUUGCUAUACACAAUCUCCGUAAACGCAGAUCAUAUGAUAUGUCUUUGCAGCUGUGGGAGUGGUUGGGAGCUAAUACCAAGUUUGAGUUCACAGAGGCAAACUAUGCUUCUCAGCUGGAUUUGGUGGCCAAGGUACAUGGUUUACAAAAAGCUGAGAACUUCUUGAAGGAGAUUCCAGAAUCUUUCAGAGGAGAAGUUGUAUACAGAACCCUCCUGGCAAAUUGUGUACUUAAGCUCCACGUGAAAAAAGCGGAAGAGCUUUUCAACAAAAUGAGAGAACUGAAAUUCCCAACGAGCGUUUUCGCUUGCAAUCAGCUGCUUCUCCUCUACAGCAAGCACGACAGGAAGAAGAUAUCCGAUGUUUUGUUACUCAUGGAGAAAGAAAACGUCAAGCCGACUCGCGGCACCUAUCAGUUUCUAAUCAACAGUAAAGGUUUAGCCGGAGACAUAACUGGAAUGGAUGAGAUCGUGGAGACGAUGAAGGAAGAAGGUAUUGAGCUAGAUCCGGAAAUACAAGCUACAAUGGCUAGGUACUACAUAAGAGCGGGGCUUAAAGAGCGAGCUGAAGAAGUUAUGAAGGAGAUGGAAGGGAAAGGCUUGAAACAAACUCCAUGGGUGUGCCGUUCAUUGCUUCCUCUCUAUGCAGACAUAGGAGACACUGAGAACGUGAGGAGAUUGAGUAAGUUUGCUGAAGAAACGUUGAGGUAUGAUAACUGCAUUGCUGCCAUUAAAGCAUGGGGAAAGCUGAAAGAAACCGAAGAAGCAGAGGCGGUGUUUGACAGACUCGUGGAGAAAUACAAGAUCGUCCCAAUGCUGCCGUAUUUUGCGCUCAUGGAGAUAUACACGGAAAGCAAGAUGCUAGCGAGAGGCAAGAACCUGGUUAAAAGAGUGGCGAGCGCAGGGGUAAAGAUUGGUCCGGAGAUAUGGCACUCGCUUGUGAGACUCUAUAUCAAGGCCGGAGAAGUUGGCAAAGCUGAGAUGAUAUUGAGCAAAGCGACGAAAGGUAACGGGACGAGGCCUAUGUUCACUUCUCACAUGGUGAUUCUCGAGGAGUACGCGAGAAGAGGCGAUUUUCAUAACGCAGAGAAGGUUUUCCUGAGGAUGAAAAGGGAUGGCUAUGCAGCUCAGCUUAUGCAGUAUGAAGCUCUUCUCUUGGCUUAUCUCAACGGUAAGACUCAUGCUUAUGGAAUGAGAGAGAGAAUGAAGGCAGAUAAUGUGUUCCCUAAUUGGGCUCUUGGUUCGAAACUGGCUCAGGCGGAUCCAUUUAGAAAGACUCCAGUUUCUGUUUUACUUGACGAGUGA